CAGCGAUUCCUUGAUUCGUUCGGUUGACAACGUUAAGGCGAUGUUUUAAGUUAGAAAAUCGUCGGCAGAGAUCUGCUAGCGAUUCCAACAGAGGACAUUUCGUAACUGAGUCUCAAGUUUUCUCAUUGUUCUUCAGUGGCCUGUGCGUCUCUCACUUAAAAACACAAAGAAAUAGAGUUCGUCUGCUCCACGAGUUGUUGUUGUUGUGCUUCAGAUGACCAAAGUUAUUACUCUUUCUAGCCAAGUAUGAGAAUCAAAUCAACGCUUUCUCAGAGUUCCUAGAAGACCUGCCGGAUGUAGACGAGCCGGUGUGGAUCUUGGGAGCAUGUUAUAAUCUUAAAACAAAGAAACCUGAGCUGCUGUCGGAUGUGCGCUCACGACUGUGGUUCACAUAUAGGAAGAAGUUUUCUCCCAUAGGAGGAACAGGCCCUUCAUCAGACGCGGGAUGGGGCUGCAUGCUCCGCUGUGGACAGAUGAUCCUCGCGCAGGCUUUGGUCUGCAGGCACCUCGGUCGAGACUGGAGAUGGGAUCCAGAGAAACGUCAGCCCAAAGAGUAUCAUCGCAUCUUGCACUGCUUUUUAGACAAGAAGGAUAGCUGCUACUCUAUUCACCAGAUGGCUCAGAUGGGAGUUGGAGAGGGCAAGUCUGUUGGAGAAUGGUAUGGACCCAACACAGUGGCUCAAGUACUCAAGCAACUUGCUCUGUUUGAUGACUGGAAUACACUGGCUGUGUAUGUCUCGAUGGACAACACCGUUGUGAUUGAAGACAUCAAGAAACAGUGUAAGCAGCCAGGCCGGGAAAGCAGGUCCAGGGCUGGUCCCUGUGGCCGAGGAGAAGAGCAAGCGUCAGGCCAGAGCUGUCCAGAGACACUUCACCUUCAGUCCCAAAGGCCCCUGGACUGGAGGCCCCUGCUGCUGGUCAUCCCUCUGCGAAUGGGCAUCAACAGCAUCAACCCCGUCUACAUUCAGGCCUUCAAAGAGUGUUUUAAGAUGCCUCAGUCGUGUGGUGUUUUGGGAGGAAAGCCCAACCUCGCCUAUUAUUUUAUUGGAUUUAUUGAUGAUGAGUUGAUCUAUCUGGACCCUCACACCACACAGCAGGCCGUGGACACUGAAUCAGGCAGUUCUGUGGAUGACCAGAGCUAUCACUGUCAGAGGACCCCACACCGCAUGAAGAUCACUAGCCUGGACCCGUCUGUCGCGCUGGGUUUUUUCUGCAAGAGUGAGGAGGACUUUGACAGCUGGUGUGAUCUGGUUCAGCAGGAGCUCCUCAAGAAAAGAAAUCUGCGGAUGUUCGAGCUGGUGGAGAAACACCCGUCUCAUUGGCCUCCGUUCGUUCCUCCCACCAAACCAGAUGUGCAGACCACAGGAGCAGAGUUCAUCGAGUCCCCAGACAAGCUUUUUGAGUCAGAAGAGGAGUUUGAGAUCCUAAAUGUGUGAUGAAGAGAUGUCAGUAGCAUUGCUCUGCUCCACACUGAACAAGUGCCUCAACACCGAGCAAAAAAAACAACAACAGCGGAGCAGAAAACCCCUCCAAGGAUCCUUGUGUAAGAGACUUGUGUUUUUAACUAUGGAAACAAACUGAGAACUUUUCUCCGUACUGUAUCAUGGAGAGGUGAAGGCUUUGAUGAGGAUGAUAUCUUUAUAACCUCAACACACACUACCUCCUGACCGCAGGAGAUGGAUCAUAUGCAGACGACUUUAAUUCAGUGUUAUUCAAGGAAAAAAAAGACAAACAACAAGUGCCUCUCUUUACGACAUAUUUAUGUUUCUGUCUGGUAAAGGUGAUGUUUCCUUUUCUUAUUACAGUGGGUUAAUUAUUUCUCCCACCCCUGCACAUCUGUAAAUAUGGCUUCAGAUGAAAUAUUUAAAAAUGUUUAGCCCAAUUCCUAUCACGGUUAUUUUUAAAUGAAAUAAACUGUAAAGAUACUAAAUUAUGAGAUCCUAUCAUUUAUCGGUGAAUAUUGUCCUUUUCAUGUUCACACUGUCUUUGUAUGUUUAUAAAGGUUUGACAAAUCUG